AGCUACAGAGCGAAGACGCAAAGCACUGCUGAAGACGGGACUCUGCUUCUGGUUGAUUUUAUACUCUGAAACUGAAAUGUCGACUGUCGGAGCCAUGAAUCCUUCAACCUAUGUCAUCCAGGCUCAACCACCAACACCAACAGCACCGGUUGUGACUGCGACCAGUUCUUCUGUGCCUGUUUUCAUACAGCAUGCAGCAGGAGUUUCACCUCAUCAAGGAAUUCAGGCCUUUCUGAAAGGCCAACCAAAAGCCCUCGGGACUGUGCAGAUAAUGAUCGGUGCGUGGACUUUCCUGUUUGGAAUCGUGUCUAUAGUAUUUGCCGUCGGUGGUGUUUCUUACGUGGCAUCUCCGAUAUACAUUACUGCAGGCUCACUCUUCAUUGCUGCUGAAAACCAAAUUAAUUCACCAGCCGGUUUAUGUUUGGUGAGAGCUUCCCUCGGGAUGAACAUUUUCAGUGCUAUAGCUGCGGGCAUUUCCAUUAUUGUGCUUUCACAGGGUUUGGCUUUUGAUCGCAUCAACAGUCACUGCAUAGACUUUCGUUGUUAUAAUGAUGUAACUAUUGUUUUAGGAAUCAAAGCUGUGUUUCUGCUGUUCUCCAUCCUCGAGUUCUGCAUUUCCAUCUACUUAUCAGCGUUUGCCUGUAAAGUCACCUCUUGCUGUAAACCUCAGAUUCCAGAGUACAGGCAACCUUUAAUUCAACACCCUCCUGCAGAAAUCCCCCAACAGUAUCUUCAAUGUCCUCAAGGAAUCCCUCAAGAGUACUUUCAACAUCCUCCUGCAGAAGCUCCCCCAGCGUACACUGAAGGCAAAUACAUGUGAAUCAACAUGAACAAACAGGGCAGAGCGGUGGAUCUACUGCUUUAAUGCUGUGGUGAUUCUGGUUUUCUUGUGUAUCUGAUCUGAAUAAUGCACAUCAUCAGAUUAUGUGUAAAAUGAUUAUUAUAGUCAUCAACAUAGAUUUCACUGUGUAUUUUACAUCUGUAUUUGUGUGUUUUGCUGUUACAAGUAUUGUUUAAAUGUUGCAGAGGUGGAA